AAAAAAUAGAGGAAUGGAAUCAAAUUGAACUAAAGCAAAUCAUGAUUGCAUAACCUUGACCUUGUCUCAAGUUUGCACCGUGGAUCCUUCAACGCAAUGACAUCUGCGUAGAGAAGAAUCACGCUGACAGCAGCAGCGCGGGACGUUGGUUGGAGUAUCUCCGUGUUGUCAUUUGGGAGUGAGCUCCGCCAGUGGCUGCAGGCGACGAGGGCCUAGACGAGCGGGCGGGGUUAACCGGAAUUGGGUAUCACAACACCCUCCACGCAGCGCCCCAGAGAUAUCAGAACCCUGCCGCGUACGCGCGUGUCCGGUGAAUCGCAGUUCCCCAAUAGGCGACCAAACCGUCUCUCGCCAUCAAGCUUCUAAAACAAACUUCUGAUCGGUCACACCACCCUUGAUCAAGCAACCUUCUGGUCGAUUGAUUCCAACUAUUACCUUUCUGCGUCUGAUGGCGCUCGGUAGAUGCAUUUUAUAAAUCAUAGGCGAAGGUAAAAUGAGCCCUUUGGCUGAAAUUUUUUAAAAAAGGACCCCAAAACAGUUGCUACCUAGUAGUGAAACCUAUUGGCCAGGUCUCAGUCAUCCAAUCAACCAGAUUCGUGACAUUUCCAUACUCUUCCCCACGGUUGAAAUAGGAUGGGAUAAGAAGUUACUGGAGAACUUAUUUCGUAUACUGGUGGGAGACAUGGAUCGGCGUCUGUGUCUGUGACCCUAAGGUAGUUGCCGAAAGACGACGAAGCAAUGCUAUCGAUUACAAAGUUCUUCUCAUCGGUACCCUUGUUGCUAUCGCUCGCUGAAUGUCCGUGGCCUUUUCUUGGGUUCAGAGAGAGAAACAUGGCGCCCAGCUAUAAGAUCGGGAUACUCUUCCCGAUGGAAGGCGCAAGUAUGUGGCAAAAAAAGAUUGAUCCAAGCAUGUUGCGAAGCCUGAUCGCCGUUGGGAGCAGUCAUGUUUUUAAGAGUACAUAGGCAGCCGUGCCUAACGCAAGCAGCUUGAUUGGGGGAACUCGAGACGACUCAUUAUUUGUCGAAGACCCAACUCCCGUUCACAAGCAUGCGAAUCUGAUUGGGGUCUCCCGAUGCAGACUGCAUACGUGCUUGUUGGGACGGCUACACACAUAUGGGCCACGUUGGUAAUCAUAACUGGGCUGGUCAACCCUCCGUUUCUUCAUUAUCAUGCACGCCGCUCGAUGCAUGAUUGUGGAAGUGGAUGGAAGGAGGGGCUCUAGAGCCGCUACGAUCGUAGUUAUGGUGGCAUUGACGAGGCUGCAGCGCCUGUAGCUCACUCAGAACCUGAACUGUGCAGGUGUCCAGCUGGGAUGAAGACAACAGCAAUGCAGAGGGACUAUAAGCAUCUGGUGCGAAGCACUGUUGUCAUUUCGCAGUAUAAAUCUCUUCAAUUCCCACCCAGGGGCGUCGUUUUUACUUAUC